AUGAAAGCUUUUAACAUUCCAGGAAACGCGAAAGACAUAACACUACUUGCAGGACAAUCUAGUCCUAUACGAAAUCCUAUAUUUUCGAGAACUCGUAAUCCGAGGCCAGCGUACAAAUAUAAUGUAUGUCAACAUGGUACAAAAAUAACAAGUGAUUGUGGAAUUCUACGAAAUUUUGGUUAUCCUACACAAUUUAAAAUAACAAUACUCGAAUGUCAUCACACUAUACAUGUACCAAAUGAUAAAACAAUCUGUUUAUGGUUAAGUGAUCUAUAUAUUGAUUCAACACAUUCAAAUUGUGCUAAAGAAAAUGUAUCUGUUGUUGAUAGUAAUCAAACAUAUCCACAUUAUGGUCUUGAACGAUAUGCUUAUUCAUAUUUAUUUGAUAGACCUACAGAUGAUAAUUGUGUAAAUUCAAAUGAAACAGUGGCAUCUGUGCCUGCUACAACAUUCAUAAUAACAACUUUUGAUCCGGAUAUAACUACAAAUACAUAUAUUUAUAUCACACUUGGUGUUACGUCAUCUGUUCAAAGUUUUCAAAUUUGUAAUAGUAAAUUACUCGAUUCAUCGGAUAUUAAACAAUUAUAA